AUGACUACUUAUAAUACCACUGCUUUACCUCGUGUUAAACAUACAGUAGCAGGAAGAUAUGAUCAUAAUUCGUCACUUGACGAAACAGAAGAAAAUGAACAUAAUACCACGCGAAGAUAUCGUGAUUAUAAUUCGUCAUUUGACGAAACGGAAGAAGGGCAUAAUACUGCACCACGACGAUAUCGUGAUUAUAAUUCGUCAAUUGAAGAAACAGAAAAACGUGAACAUAUCACACGAGGAUAUCGGGAUUAUAAUUCAUCCUUUGAAUCCUUUGAUGAAGCAGAAGAAAGUGAUAGUUAUAAAAUAAAACCUUAUAAUAGAUGGCGUGCUAAUAGUGUAAGUUCAUCUUUCGGUUCAACCCAUGUACAAGGUAAAAAAUUUGAUAUAAUUGAUGAAGGUAAUAAUAAAUUAUCAAAUUCAAUGAGAAAAUAUGGUAGAAAUUGGGAAACUGAUGAUGAAUUAUUUAAAACGACCAGUCAAAAUAUACGACCAACAUCACAACAAAAUCACAAUUCUGAUAACAAUAAUAAUCCAAAUGAAGAUUUAACCACCAGAUCAUUACUUUACCUUCUAAAAAAAGAACGUGCUAAAAGAAGUGAAUUACAAAAAAUUCAUGAUGAAUUUCGUAAAAUUUAUAAUGAUGAAGUUUCAGUUCUAGAAGGUGAUAUUCAAACAUUAAGAAAUGCAUUAGUAUCUGAAGCAAAGAUGACUAGUCAAUUAAAUAAACUUCUUCGAGAAGCACAAACUAAAUUUACUGACGAAAUGAAGAUAUGGACUCGUAAAGUAAAUGAAAUGGAAACACAAGGAAAGGAAUUACAAAAGACAUUUCUUGAAACAAUGGAACAAUUAGAAAGGGAGGAAGAAGAAAUUGAGAAAUUAAAAGCGGAGAAUCAAAAAUUACGAGCGGAGAGUCAAAAGUUAAGGAAACAAUUGGAUAGUUGUGUUAUUGAUCUUGAAAAUGCUCAAAAUAUGGAAUCUUUGACGGAAGAUUAUGAUGUAUCCGUCAAACAUACAAUAAAUUGUAAUGUAAAUAGUAAUAAUGAAUCAGAGACAGAAUCAAUUAUAGUAAAUUCAAAGAUUUCAGAAUUAAAAAAUCGUAUAAUUGAAUUAGAGAGUGAAUUAUUCGCAUCUAAAGAAAUGAAUCAAAAAUUUGAAUCUUCAUUACAAGAAAGUGAAACUGAUAAACAAGCAGCCACCAAACAAUUAGAGGAAAAACAUGAAAAACAAGUACGACUACUAAGGGCCAACAUUACUCAACAACAGAAAGCCAUUAAUGAACUUCAACAAGAAGUACAUGAAAUUGUUCACCAUAAUCAUCGUUUACUUCAAAAUAGUAAACGUCGAGUUCAUUUAUCCGAUUUAUCUGAAAAUUUUCCAACCAAAGAACGAAAGAAUAGUUUGACUAGUACUAAUAGUGGUAGUCAAAGUCAUCGUGGAAGUGAGGAAACAAAAAGUUCCAUUGGAUCACAUGCUAAAAAUUUUACGAAAUUAAAUUCUUCACAGAAUCAUAAUGAUAAUGAAGGAAAUGAGAAUGAACUUGAUUUGGAUGCGAUAUUUUCGGAUCGUGAAGAUCGAUCUUUACCUUUACUUGGUCACUAUUCAGCUGCUGAAUAUACAGAAGAUGAAGAUUUUGUUGAUUACACUAAAUUAAAUUCAUUUUUUUAA